GAGAGGGGAGGGGGGCAGAGACACGCAGAGAGACAGAGAGGGUUAGAAGAGGGAGAAAGGAAUUCAGAACUGUUUAAAUGGGAAUCCAGAGCGCAGCGAGGACAGAGGCUGCGGACUGAGCCAGCAAAACAAAAACAACAACAGAAAAAGUGGAGACAGGUUUAUUUUACGCACGGGAAAAGUGGGAAGUAGUUGAAGGAAAGGAGAAAGAGGCAUGGGAUUUUUCCCCUCUAAAUGUGUCCUGUUUGACUCUCAUGACUCAGAGAGGAUUACUGUUAAACUCAGCCGCUCUGCAGGAAUUGAUGGUGUCUUCUAAGAGAAACGGAGCCGAGGGGAGGAAUCUGAAUGCGCUCGACUGAACCAUGCCAGCCUUGUGGAUCCUAACUUUGGCACUCGCUUUCAACCAAGUGUACUGUGUGCGAUUCUCCCAGGAGCCGGCCGACCAGUCAGUGGUGCUGGGAGAACGAGUGGUGCUGUCCUGCGUGGUCUUCAACUACACGGGCAUCGUUCAGUGGACCAAAGACGGCUUGGCCUUGGGCAUCGGAGAAGGUCUUCGAGCCUGGCCCAGGUAUCGCGUGCUGCGGGCGCUGGACACAGGCCAGUUCAAUUUGGAGAUCUCACAUGCUGAGCUGUCAGAUGACUCCCUGUACGAGUGUCAGGCCACGGAGGCCGCCCUGCGCUCCAGGAGAGCCAAGCUCAACGUACUUAUCCCCCCUGAGGAUCCGGUGGUGGAGGGAACGCCGGAGCUGCUGCUGAUGGCUGGAACUGCAUUCAACCUGACCUGCGUAACCCGCGGGGCCAAGCCUGCAGCUCACAUCCAGUGGACCAAGAAUGGCAUCCCUGUGGAGGGAGCACACCACUCUACGGAGGUACUGCCAGACAGGAAGAGAGUGACGAGCCGGAGCUAUCUCCCCAUCACUCCAGUCGACACUGACAGUGGCAGCAAUUUCACCUGUGUGGCCAGCAAUCCAGCAGUGCCAAUGGGCAAACGAGCCACUGUCACUCUCAACGUCCACCACCCUCCCACUGUGACCUUGUCCAUCGAACCUCGCUCUGUCCUGGAGGGAGAAAGAGUCACAUUCACCUGCCAGGCCACCGCCAACCCGCCCAUCAUGGGCUACAGGUGGGCUAAAGGUGGCGUGCUACUGGAGGGGGCCAGGGAAAGUGUGUUUGUCACCACAGCAGAUCAUUCAUUCUUCACUGAGCCCGUGUCGUGUCAGGUGUUCAACGCAGUGGGAAGCACCAACGUCAGCAUCCUCGUGGACGUGCACUUUGGUCCAAUUCUGGUGGUGGAGCCCAGACCAGUAACAGUGGAUGUGUACUCAGAUGUUACUUUGAACUGCAAGUGGUCUGGAAACCCUCCUCUUACCCUCACUUGGACUAAAAAGGGCUCCAGUAUGGUUCUCAGCAACAACAACCAGCUGCAUUUGAAGUCAGUAAGCCAGGCCGAUGCAGGCCAGUAUGUCUGCAAGGCCAUCGUGCCGCGCAUCGGAGUGGGAGAGAUCGAGGUUACGCUUACUGUCAACGGCCCCCCCAUCAUCUCCAGUGAUCCAGUUCAGUACGCUGUCAGAGGUGAAAAAGGAGGGAUCAAGUGUUACAUCGCCAGCACCCCCCCACCUGAUAAGAUUGUUUGGGCGUGGAAGGAGAAUGUUUGGGAGAAGGAAAAAGGCACUCUGAUGGAGAGGUACACGGUGGAGCAGAGCAAACCCCAGGCCCAAGGCGGCGCCGUCCUCUCCACCCUGACCAUCAACAACGUCAUGGAGUCUGACUUUCACUCCCCGUACAACUGCACCGCCUGGAACUCAUUUGGACCUGGAACCAUGAUCAUUACCCUGGAGGAGAAAGAUAUUGUUCCAGUGGGAAUUAUCGCCGCUAGUACAGUGGGCUCCUCCAUUCUGCUGCUUAUGAUUCUGCUGGCACUCGCCUUCUUCUUCUACCGCCAACGCAAAGGCAGUCGCCGAGGUGUCACACUCGGUAAACCAGACAUCAAGGUAGAAACAGUCAACAAAGAGACCCACAGCCUGGAGGAGGAGGCAGCCAACGUCUCUACAGCAACCAGAAUGGUCAAGGCCAUGUACUCCUUUUUGCCCUCUGUUUCCCUCUCUCCCUCCACUCAGCCAUUCAAAGACGACAUGGACCUGAAGCAGGAGAUCAGGAGCGAGAGCGACACGCGGGAGGAGUACGAGCUCAAGGAUCCAACUAAUGGCUACUACAACGUCCGAGCCACCACCCACGACGAGGCGCGUCCCCAGUCCCGUGUCGUCCAUUACCAGGGAGAGUUUCGCCCUCCAAACCCAAACACCGGGCCAGGCGGCGCCACAUCCGGAGGACCUUCAGCUGCAGUCAGCGGUGCAGUUCCUCCCAGCGCGGUGCCAGGCUCCAGGGCAGGCUGCUACGACCCUCGCCCGCCCUCCAGGAUGUCCCACGCUACCUACGCCCAAUUCAACACCUUCUCUAGGGCGGCACAGAGGCAGGAAGCUCCUCCAAAUCCUGCUCUCCCUUCACCCGGAGAUUACCCCGGAGGAGACUGUGGCCUGCUGGACAGCUCAACCCAACUGCCAUACGACAGCUACGGAUAUCCCUCCCAGUAUCCCAGCUACCGCAUGGGCUUCGCUCCUACCAUAGAGGAAGGGCCAGCCUAUGAGAUGUAUCCGACGGGACAGGGGACCGGGUCGGGCCCGGGAACGGGACAGCAAAGUCCUGAAACAGGCUUGGCAAAGUACGGUAGCUCCACUCGCUUCUCAUACUCGUCCCCACCGUCUGACUAUUCCCACAGACACACGCAGAGAAUGCAGACUCACGUGUGAGGAAAAGCCGACGCACUUUCCUGGAUUUGCUUUUGGCAUCAGCAGUGUUUUCACAUCCCGUGUAAAUCCUCCCGUUCUGUGCGUGGAUCUUCAACAAUCCGUUCUCCAUUGCAAUCACCGCAUGGAAAACCUUUUUAUUUUUAACAACAAUAUGACUCCUCAACAUUUAGGAAAGAAGCAAUACAUGCAGAGUGAUCUUCACCCUGAUUCACGCCGGCCUCCUGUCUGUUGUGGUUA